AUGUCACGUAUUGAGAAACUCACGUCCCAGAAAAAUCGACCCAUGAUAGCCCACCGUGGUUUGAUUUAUACGUUAGAACGAACAUCAGACGACAAGUGCACUUUUCGUUGCAAAAAUCGGAACUGUAAAGCUCGGUGUCAUACAAACUUAUCUAUGGAUUUCUUCAUGUCAGAUCCAACAGCACACUCGCAUGCUCCAAAUCCAGAACAAAUUCCUGCUAUUGAAGCUAUGAACAAGAUCAAAAUGAAAGCAGCGAGUUCUGACGAGGCGACAAGCUCAAUUAUACAAUCGUCGUUACGUGCAUUGCCUUUGACUGCAGUUAGCAGUCUACCAUCACCUGCGUCAUUAGCAAGAACUGUCUGCCCAGAGGACUUCUAUCAAUUAUUCACAGUGCACGCGUUGUUGCAAGCUGUUGUUAUUCCACUUAUCUACGGAUUAUUAAUUGGCAAAAGCGCUGACGAUUACAAAAAAUUCUUCGAAAAAGUAUUAGAACACGACGACUUCGAACCAGAAUCAAUCCUUAGUGAUUUUGAAUCCGGCACAAUAAAAACUAUCAAAGAUAUUUUCCCCAACAGUGACCAUCGAGGUUGCCUGUUCCAUUUUGGGCAGGCGGUUUGGCGUCAUAUACAAGAUAAUGGUUUAACGAGAAAAUAUGAAGACGACGAUACUUUUCGAUUAAAUGUUAGAAAACUACUUGCCUUACCCUUCGUUCCGGCGUUGCAAGUAAUUGAAGCGUUCAACUUACUUGCUGAUGACUUCGACGAUGAAGCUGAAAAUCUGGUGGAANCCGUUGCCAUGCUGUCUCUGUUAUUCCUUUCGCCUUCGAUCGACUUUCAAACUGGAUGA